GGUGUGGUGCUGGUUUUACCACGACAUGGUCGCAACUGCUCGUUUGCUUUCUGCGAAAUCGAAGCGGCCAAGAGGAUGGCACGCAGGAGGCGCAGUUCUGGUUUCGUGGUCAAGAACAGCACGGAACACAGCAAAAGGGCUCUGUGCUGUCUUGGUAUCAGCUGCAACCUUGUGCUGCUUUACGUCUGCCCAGGGGGAGCCAUCGCUGACUCCAGCGUCCAGUGCCCACCAGUGCCUCACGGCACACAUCGAGGACUGCGAACAGCAGCUGAUCGGCAUCCACCACGCGUUCAAAGACUUUGGUUUUGGAACGCAAUACUUCAGCACUUGGGCUUCCGAAACGCUCUUGGAAUACCUCGCGAAAGAGGUCGUGGACCGGUUUGGGCACGAGAUCGAGCGCACGUGCGACUUUCUUUUGUCGGUCGCCAGCACGCCACCCUUGGUGAAGAUAGCACGGAAGGAGAAAAGGAAAAAGGGGCGUGAAGAGACUGAUAACGAGGAAACUGCCGACUUUGAUGUUGCAGAUGAAGAAGAAGCGCAAGGACGAGGAACUGGGGAUGAUGAAAAGUUUAUCAGCACUUUCAUUGAGGCACCAAAAACGAUUGUCGAAGAACGGAAAAGAGAGGUGAACGAUACCGGAAAACCUCGGACGCUGUCGGAUUUCGGCAUGUCCAACCCGAUACAUGCGGCCGUCGACCCCAGUCACGGGCCCAGAUUGUACGAUCUGUCGGAGGCGAAUCUACCGGAAACGGUGGAAAUGCGGAAGAAAGCGGACCGCCACGCGCAUUUUUCGCCGAUUUGGAACGUGGAACUGAUCGACAUUUUCAAGGAGCAAACAGAUGUAGGGACGAACACCCUGCGGUAUGACCCCCGGUUCGACAGGAAGGAGAGGCAUCAGAAGAUGUUGUUGGCGCCCAGCACGGGAAGCGGAAACAAUAGUCCUGCAACACCAAUAGUGACA